CCGUUCGCUCGUUCGGGCAUCUGAUUACACGCAGCAGUCCGACCUACAUGAGGCCUGCUCAUAGACCAUCGAGAGUCAAGAAGAGGGCAUCGGAGGAGUAUCCAUUCUGAUACAACUACUCAAUACGGAUAGGCCUUCCAUGCACAGUUUUGUUCGAUGCUAACAAACGGUAAAGAAGUGCUCGGAAGAAAGCAAGAUGCAGGUUCGUCCCUUCUUUUACUCCCUCCUAGUCCAAUAUUUUUGUACCUGACGAGAUAUUUAUCCGGGGGGUUCAGGCACAGUGCCCAGAUGCAAGCGCGCACCAGAGGAGGGACGGGGACGAGCAGAGAAACGAUCCCCUCAUUAUUUAUCUGCGAGGAAUGGAAAACGGAUCACCUGUCCGGAAUGUCUACCCCAUACUUUCCAAUUAACCAGACGACGAGAUACAAGAUUUGAGAUUGAUGAGAUCGACGAUGAGUUUCAGGCACAAAUCAGAUGUACGAUAACUGUCCGG